AUGUCAGAGGAUCCCCAACUUUACGGUGUCCUAAUUAACGUCGAUACGCAGUCGGCGAGCAUGCUCCUUGCGCUGAUGAUUCUACCACUUGUGAAGAAAAGGGUAUACGAAGUAUUUCUUAGGACUCAUCAGGCUUGUGCUCUCGUUAUGAUCUACACAAUAUGGAGACACACUCACUCCUUCCACGCCAACUCUUGGUUCUACACCAUAAUCUAUAUCUCUACUUUGACUGUUACUGGAAUAGUGCAGUUAGCUCGAAUCCUGUUCAGAAAUGUUGCACUCGGAAAGGGUUCGGUUCAGCUCACCUUACAGCGGAACGGAGAUACCGCGCAGCUGACUAUUGAGCUUCCUCGAGCGUGGAAAGUGAGGGCUGGAGAACGGUUGAUGUUAGGGGUCCCAUGCGUUGGGCUCGUGUACCUGUUUCAAGCUCAUCCAUUUACGAUUGCUUGGUGGGAAGAGAAUCAAAUUGACCAAACUAUGUUGGUUUCGCUUCUUCUCCGGCCACGCAGUGGGUUCACAAGGAGGCUCCUUGAAAGGCUGGAGGUAAAUCAAAAGUGCCGUGCCUGGGUUGAUGGACCUUUUGGUCCAUGUUCGGUUCAUCCGCUAGGCAUUUCCUCAGAUGUUGGUGAUUAUGGCCACCUGUUAUUAGUAGCAACAGGAAUCGGUAUUGCAACCCAAUUGCCCUAUAUCAAGGAGAUACUAGAUGGCCAUCGUUUAGCACGGGUCCGUACUCAGAGGAUCUCCUUGGUUUGGCAGUUAGACAGACCGGGAGACUGGGAAAGUGCCCAUGAGUGGCUUCAGAAGUUGGUGGCACAAGAUGAUGGCUAUUUGCUACAUGUGACUGUGUAUGACACAAUGAAGCCGCCCCAUAUCAAUGACCCAAAAAGGCUCGGUCACCACGGCCUAAUCGAGGUUUACGGGGGCUCUGUCAAUUGGGAUGAACAGAUUUCCGCAGAGGUUAAGCGCCAAUCAGGGCAGUUACUAGUCGCUGGUAAGAUCUCAUACUCUAGAUUUUGUUUGUUUGGCGGUUCUCCUGACAACUAUGUGCAGUUUCAGCUUCCCUUGAUGUGCGACGAGCGGUGA